AUAAAUAAAACGCGCCCAAAUAAUUCAAAAAUGUUGCUGUUUAAAACCGGGAUGGGCGGUUUUAGUUCGGAAAAGAGCCCGGAACUUGUUACCCCAGUUUCGGGCUAGUUCGAGCUCGGUUCUUGGUUUUUGGCGGGUUCUAGACCCAAACCGGGCGCGUGGCCAGCUCUACUUCUAUAAAACAUCGCACCCUGUUGCAAAAUUUUAGUAAGAACAAACAAACAUUCAUUAACAAAACCCAAAAAUGGAACAACUGUCUCAAGCUGAAGCAUCAAUAAGAGGCCAAGCACAAGUAUGGCAACACAUGCUUGCUUUUGCAGACUCUAUGGCAUUAAAAUGUGCCGUCGAGCUACGAAUACCCGACAUUAUUCAAUCUCAUGGCAAUCCUAUUUCUUUAUCUCAAAUAGCUUCCUCCAUAAUCGACUCGCCUUCUCCGAAUAUCCCAUACCUCAAACGCAUCAUGCGAUUACUCGUCCGUCGAAAAAUCUUCUCCGCGGAGCAGCCCUCAGACGGUGGCGAAACCCUUUACGGGCUGACGGAAGUGUCGAAAUGGCUCGUGCGUGAUUCGGAGACGACGGUAGCUCCUAUGUUUCUGAUGGAAACUCAUCCUUGGGCUAUGAACCCUUGGCAUUGUCUCAGCCAAUGUGUAAAAGAUGGUGGAAAUGCAUUUGAAAAGGCUAAUGGAUAUAAGAUUUGGGAAUUUGCAGCAAGAAAUGAUGAGUUCAACAAGAUAUUCAACAGUGGAUUGGCUUCCACUUCUAGGGUUACUAUGAGGGCAAUAUUGGAAGGGAAUAAAGAUGGGUUUUGUGACCUGAAAUCACUGGUUGAUGUAGGAGGAGGGACAGGAAAUUUGGUGUCUGAAAUAGUGAAGAAAUAUCCAAAAAUCAAAGGUAUAAACUAUGAUUUGCCUCAUGUUGUGUCCACUGCACCAGAAUAUGAAGGAGUUUGCCAUGUUGGUGGUGACAUGUUUCAGUCUGUUCCAAAUGCUGAUGCAGUUAUCAUGAAGUACAUAUUGCAUGACUGGAACGACGAAGAUUGUGUUAAGUUACUUAAAAAUUGCCGGAAAGCGAUACCGGAAAAAACCGGAAAGGUGAUGAUCGUCGAUAUAGUUCUGAAACCCGAGGGCGACGGCUUGUUUGACGACACAGGUCUGGUGUUUGAUCUGCUAAUGAUUGCACAUACUGAGGGUGCAGAGAGAACUGAAGUUGAAUGGAAGAAACUUUUGGAGGAAGCCGGUUUUCCUCGUUACAAAAUUAUCAAUAUUCCUGCCAUGACAUCCAUUAUUGAGGCAUAUCCUCAGUAAAAUGCAAAAUUUAAUGAUGUUAUUUAAAAUUUAAUCAAGUGUUCUAAUAAUUUGAUCGUAAUUUAAUUUGCAAUUUGAUGUUCA